GCAGAGCUUGGGUGCCACAGGAGGUGUGGAAAACACCAUAGCAGGUCUAAGCGGUCUAACCUUGGUGAGUUUCUUCAAAGUGUACAUGAAGAAUUUCCAUCCAACAUAAUUAAUAAAAGUGGAAAACCGUAACGCAUGCUCUGAAUUCUCCCUUCUCCGCCCUUUCAUGCCUAGGGAUUCAACCCAGCUGGGAAGAGGGCGUAUCCAGGCUAACUUGCAUGCGCAUGCUCAAACGCCGUCAUUGCCGCCCGUCAACGACUAGGCAAAACCAUACAUGGCACAAGAAUUGGAUAGGCGUGCCCUGCCCUGAUAGCAAAUCACACUCCAGGAUAUAUUCAAAUAAUUUAGGUUUUAAAUUCUUAUAUGGAGCUUAUAUGGCUUCUCCACUUGUUUAUCGAAAUGCUUCACAUGGAAAAUAAUACUGAGAGGUAACUGGAUAAAGAUAUCAGAAUAGGUUAUCACUCAAUAAUAUUAUAAGGUAAAGAAUAAUUAUCGACUAUUAACUUCCGCCUUGCAUGCGACUUGCGCUUUCAUACACGACACCCUGCGCGUGCAUACGGUUUAUCUCAUUUUUAAGCCAUCCAAAGCAAUGUGUUCAAUUUUUCGUCAGGUUGAUGAACAAGGGAGUGACUCUGAUAUUCCUGCCACUUGUGCUGUCACUGUUGGUGAUGAAGCAUUGCCAGAAGGUUCCACAUCCAGACGGUAGAGCCUAUUUGUUCCGCAAGAAGAUUCCGAAGAGAGUGAUGAAAGCUCCAUUAUAGACAACGAGUCUCAGGUGCAGCUAAAUCGCUUGUUACAGCUUCGAGACGUCAGUCCAGUACGUCACACGUUAUCAGUGCAAUGGAAUACAGCGCACGAGCGUACUAAACGCAUACACUUACGGAAAGCUCAACAAUGUAUUUCUGCAAUGCUGGAUGUCCUGUCACCUGAAAAGUCACAAGAACUGUGGAGGAAGCUUUGUGAUCGUCACGCUGUAUGCAGCGAGAGUCAGGUUGUGGUCGAAGGCAGAAGUGAAAAAGAGACGGAGCUUCUUAUUGCAUUUGCUGAAAGCUACUUGAAAGCGCAACAUUGGAGCACCAGACGGCAAAUACUCUCUUUGAUG